CACUUAUAUUUUCCCUUGUUCGAUCACUAUAAAUAGUAAGUCGAGAACAAGGUAUCUAAACUAAGUAGCAAACAUGAAUAUCAAGCCUAUUGUCUUCUUCUGCUUCCUCAGCGCACUCCUUCUUAUCUCUACUAUAGCAACUCGACCAUCUCAUGAUGGAAAACAAGUUGGUGUAGAUGGUUCGGGAGGAGGCGGACCACAUGACGGUGGACCUGGCGGACCACGUGACGGUGGACCUGGCGGACCACGUGACGGCGGACCUGGCGGACCACACGACGGCGGACCUGGCGGACCACACGACGGCGGACCUGGCGGAGACGGAGGAAGACCUGGCGGAGGAGGAAGACCUGGAGGUGGAGGCGGACACGGAGGUGGAGGACACGGUGGACAUCCAUGAUAUGCAUGUGCGUAAUGUAUGUAACACAUCCCAAGCAGUAUGUAAAAUAAAGCAUGGACAUCUAUAAUAGUCCAUGCCUAAUCUAUCAUAGGAUGAACAGUUUCCUUUAAAUUAACAUGUUUUUUAACAAUAUCCUUAGAUCCCUCACAGUUAAAUGGAAAUGAAGUACCACGGUUUUCCUAUCUCAA